CUUUAUUCUCCCUGCAAAAGAUUGAAUCCGCAGCUUCUGUAAAGGCAAGUUUUGAUGGAGACCAAAUCUGCACAAACCGGGAACACAAUCCCUCUGCUCACUUCCUACAAGUUUGGAAAAUUCGAUCUUUCUCAUAGAGUUGUUUUGGCACCGUUAACCAGGCAAAGAUCUUACAACAAUGUUCCUCAGCCUCAUGCCAUCCUGUACUACUCUCAACGAACCACUCGAGGAGCUCUUCUCAUAACUGAAGCCACUGGGGUUUCUGACACCGCUCAAGGGUAUCCACUGACGCCUGGUAUAUGGACAAAAGAGCAAGUGGAAGCCUGGAAACCUAUUGUUGAUGCUGUUCAUGCAAAGGGUGGGAUCUUCUUUUGUCAACUUUGGCAUGUUGGGAGGGUUUCAAAUUCAGGUUUUCAGCCAAAUGGGCAGGCACCAAUCUCCUGUACCGACAAGCCAUUGACCCCUCAAAUUCUAGCUGAUGGCGAUGUUGUAGAAUUCACACCUCCAAGGAGGCUAAGGACAGAUGAAAUCCCCCAAAUAGUUGAUCACUUCAGAAUUGCCGCAAGAAAUGCUAUGGAAGCUGGAUUUGACGGAGUUGAGAUCCAUGGAGCUCAUGGCUACUUAAUCGACCAGUUUAUGAAAGAUCAAGUGAAUGAUAGAACAGAUCAAUAUGGUGGAUCUCUAGAGAAUCGAUGCAGAUUUGCUCUAGAAGUUGUUGAGGCUGUUGUUAACGAGAUUGGAGCAGACAGGGUAGGAAUUAGGCUAUCACCUUAUGCAGACUAUAUGGAGUCAGGAGACUCCAACCCAAAAGAAUUAGGCCUCUACAUGGCCGAGUCCUUGAAUAGAUAUGGGAUUCUUUACUGCCAUAUGAUUGAGCCUAGAAUGAAAAAACAGCUAGAAAAAUUUGAAUGCCACGACAGUCUUCUGCCAAUGAGAAAGGCUUUCAAAAGUACUUUCAUUGCAGCUGGGGGUUUUGACGGGGACGACGGAAACAAAGUUGUAGCUGAGGACCGGGCGGACCUUGUUGCCUUCGGGCGAUUUUUCUUGGCCAAUCCAGAUCUGCCGAAGAGAUUUGAGCUUAAUGCUCCUCUAAAUAAGUACAACAGGCGCACAUUCUACAUACCCGAUCCUGUAGUUGGUUACACUGAUUACCCAUUUCUUGAGACAGAGAAUUAGAUACUGUUUUAAUAGAACAAUUGAUAAAUCCCUGAAAAUAGAAUAAUACCGAGGGGAAAGAA